GUCUGGUGCGCCUCCAGGACCUGGUGCGCGCCCCGCCCGAGCUCGAUAUGGAGGUCUACAUCAGACAGGCUCUGCCAGAGGAGUACCGGGACGUCCUCAGAGAGAUCAAGAACAAGGACAUCCGGAACAUUGUGGUCGACACAAAACCAGAGAACAUUCAGCUCUUCUUGCGCUCGUUGCUGCAGCUUCAAAUGAACGACGAUCGCCAUCACUAUCUGUUCACCUCAUUUGACACGGAGACGUUUGACCUGGAGGACUUCCGGUACAACCGGGUCAACAUGACGGGCUACCGGCUGGUGGACACCUCCAGUGGCCUGGUGCAGGCCUCGCUGGCCGCCAUGGAGCAGUUUCAGCCCGUCAGCUCCGUCAUGGUGCCCGCGACCAACGUCAUCAAGGCGGAGACGGCUCUGAUCUAUGACGCGGUGAACGCGUUUGCCCACGGAUUGCACGCGCUGACCGGUGCGGGCAGGGUGCCGGUACCGAACGUCACCUGCGAGCUACUUAACACGUGGAACGGCGGCCUGCAGCUCUACGAACGCAUCAGCGCGGUUCAGAUGCCGGGUCUAACGGGCCCAAUCCAGUUCUCCGGCGGACGCCGCACCCGUCUGAAGCUGGACCUCAUGAAGCUGACCACCUCCGGAAUGAAGAAGGUCGGCUGGUGGAGUGACAGGACGGGCAUCAACGUGACCGACAGCUCGGCCUUCUACGGCACCGACCUGCCCAACGUCACGCUGCUCGUGUCGACCAUCCAG